ACUUGCAUGCAUGUGUGUUCCUCUGCCUUAUGCUCAUCUCUUUGCCCAGAUGGUACACACAGCAGAAUCAGGCCAGGGCUAGGACUUACAGCUGGAGCCGGACCCCACACUCUGCUUUGGACCCCAGGCAUCCAGGCUCAACCCCUGUGUACGGACACCUCUGCUACAGCAUCCACACCCUGCCUGUCCUCAGAGACCUUCCCGAGGGGCGCACUCCAUUCCAGUCGGGUCUGCAGCUGGCCAAACUGAUGGAAACCUAUGGGCUUCCUGGCCAUCAGAUGGGUAACGUUAAUAAUUCCCUAGUCAUCCAGAACCAGGGCACAUUUGAUCUGCUAGAGUCUGGAGCGGUUCAUCUCAAUCCUGCUGAGCCACGGUUCCCCAGCAGAGAAGGACCAGAGAGCAUGAUGGCUGACAGCAGACCCACAGAGAGAGAGGGAGGCAGGGAGACCAACACUGACAACCAGCAACAGCAGCUGCAUCCGGACCAGGGACCAAUCAGGACACAGCCUGAGUCUGUACUGACAGAUGAAGCACUGGUUCUGACCUACUCUGUCCCAAAUGGCUCAUGCUCCCAGAGUCACAGCAGUAGCAUCUCUUCCUCAGAGCAGCAGGAGAACAAGACAGAGUCCUCUCCCUCACAGACCACCACCACCACUGGAGCUUCCAGCUCUGCAGUAGAUGACACAGACACAGAUUCCUCUACUCUCCCCAGCUCAGAGAAGAAUGAAGACACUGUUGGUGACACCCACACUAAAACACUGGGGGAGUCAACAUACAGCAUUGUGGGUUCACUAAACCAGGGCAGUGGAGGGAUACCUGUGACCGGGACUACUUUGUAUCCAGGCAGUGCAGAAUUCCUGAACAUGUACGCGCUUGGUAGGAGCCUCUCUGGAGGCAUGCUGGGAUACGGCAGGGGGUGGGGCUGUGCACGGGGACUGGUGUCUAACAGGGCAGGGGAAAAGGGUGGGGCUAACUGUAACCCCUCCCUGCCUUUGAGGAUGGAGGACUUCCUGAAGCACCGUUUGGACCAGGUGACUGACCUAUCCCAGCCACCCUACGACUCACUGCAAACCUAUGAGUUUGAGGGGGGGGACUCCCGGGCAGGGUCACUGAGCUCACUGGAAAGCGAGGGCGAGAGGGAGGAGGAGAGAGGGAGGGAAACGGUAGACGAGUUGGACCAGAAGUUCCAUAGGCUAGUGAAGAUAAUCGAAGAGAGAGAACAAGAAAAGGAGUGUGAGAGAAGUUCAGUGGAGGAGACGACACGGGCAGAAGAUAGAAGCCAGGGUUUGGAUGUCAACGAUAUGAGCAAAACAGAGAGUGUUGAUGAAGAGAAAGAGGUCUCAAGGUGGGAUUUUUAGGGAACCUGCAAAUCAAAGAGACUGAAUAGGAGUUUGGAAAGGAGAGAGAAACACUCCAACAGAUGCAAUUUAAAAGCAAUACGGGGGUGUUAUGCACGACUUCAGAGAGAAAAUUGUUCUGUUCUGUUCUGUUCAAUGACUAAACUUCCUGCUUGUUGGCUAUGCAGCACAGCUGAGACAUGCCGGAGGAUCCAUUAGCACAUCUCAUAAACUCACCCUUGUGUUUAUUAAACAGUAUAUCAAAAAUGUCACUUUUAGACUUUCCUUGUAACGGAUAUGAAUAAUGCACCUAGGCUUUCUACACUGAAGUUAUGAAAAAUGCACUUUCUGAAAUAUUGAUUCCCAGCCCUGAAAGCUGCAUUGUUGGAAAAUAGGCCUCAUGAAAAAUGAAAGGGAAUUGUGAUAUUUAAUGUUGAUAGUUAAUUAGGUGCACUUUCACUUAGAACACUGUUGUUCCCAAAGGCGACAUUUAAACAUGGAUAACUGAAUUGAACUCAUUCUAAAAAGCAUACCAAUUCCACACUUCUACACUUGCAUACUGUAGGCAUACACACAGACACACACUUAUAGAGCUAAUGUGAAUAUAUAAGGGUGAAUCUGUGCACAUUACAUCCAGUCAAAUGAAAGCUGUUCGGGUGAUGAUAUUAUGUCACAAUCAGGAGGUAGCUCUUCAGAAUUGUAUAGACUUUGACACCCAGGCUAUGUAUUGUCCCAGUAAUUAUAAUCACAGUAAUAGGUUCUAUGAAACACUAUGCAAUUUGCACACUGACUAGACAUAAUACGUCUUUGAAGAAAGAAGCCUUGUAAAAAGUUGAAUAUGUUUCCUACUAUAGCAACAUGAUUAUGUGCAUACUGUAAAUAUCAUCCUCUGCCAUGUGGUGAUUAUUGAGUGGAGGAUUUCACACAGACCACGAAAGUGUCCCUUUAUGAGAAACACUGUCAU